GCUUCGAUAAAGAAGAAACAAAAGUCUUUAAUGAGUUAACCAGACGACAAAGAAGAGCAUUUAACGCUCUGCCAGAUAACAAUUCAAAAAUUAUUUUUAUUCGAGCCAUGGUGGAAAAAGAAAUAUCUUGGCGUGAAAAAUUG